AUGGAACAGUAUUUGAAUUUAGUUUUGAAAAAUUAUACAGCAUCAUUUUCUCAAAAUUCGAAUGAGAAUUUAUUUGACGAACAUGAUUCAUCAGAUAUAUUUACUGAUAAUGAUUUACAUUAUAAAAUUCCAUUUUGGAUUGGUGUAAUUGUAAUUAGUCUUCUUUUUUUAUCAGUAAUCAUUGCAACAAUACGUUAUUGUUUUUAUACAUUAUGUUCAUCAGAUAUAGAAACAGAAAAAAUGGCAUUAAUGCCACCCAAAUCACCAUGUCUCACCUCAAAUAUUCCUAAUCGGAUUCAACAUAAAAAAUGUCAACUAGUUGAUCCAAUUCCUCGUAAUUCAUUCGAUCAUAAUGAAACAUCAUUAUCAUCUAUUGAACAAUCACGAGAUGAUCACUCAAAUAUAUCUAUUAUACCAAUAAAUCGUCAUCAUUCUCGAUCAUAUUUGACAUCACCACGACGUCAUCAUGCAAAAAAAGACAUUGAUCAUAUAAAUGAUGAUUAUUUUUCAUCAACGAAAAUAUCAUCUUCCCAAGUUGCAGUUGAUUUUCGAAAAAGAAUUCAUGAUAUUUAUGUUUUACCUGUUUCACCUGCACUAUCAUCUUCAUCAUCAACAACAAAUACAGAUGAAAUAAUCAAAAUUCGUUCGAAGACAAUGCCUAAUCGAAUUCGAAGACAUUUAUCAUCAUCAUCAUCAUCAUCAUCAUCAUCAAUGCAUAUUCAUCAUGAUUCUACAUAUUGUGGAAUUCAAAAUAAUUGUUUUACUGAUUCACCAAAACCAAAAGAUCGUACAUUACGUUAUAUUCAACCACCAUCACAACCUCCACCAUUACCACCAAUAAUUUCACAAAUAAAUUUCAAUAAUAAUAAUGACAAAUCAUCAUUAGAACAUCAUUCAACCACAACUGAUCGAAAGGUCAAUUCAAUUGUUCUUCAUUUUAAUACAAUUGAUAAAAAUCAAAUGAAAAAACCUUCACCACCACCUGUACCUUAUCGAUUACGAAAACCUUCACAAUUACCAAUCGGAUUAGAAAAAUUAAUAAAUCAAUCAGAUCACACUAACUUUCAAUUUAUAGCAGAAUCAUCUCCACAAGAUGAAUGUUCAGAACAUGCAUGGCCAAAACCACCUGAAUCUAUGUCAACAUCAGAAAUCAGUGGACCAUCGUCAAUAUCUUAUGAUCAUUUACUUCCUACGAUAAAUAUUGACCAAAAUAGUACAACAAAUAUUUUUCAUCAAUAUCCACAUGAUGAAGAUUCAAUGUUAACAGAAUCGGAAACAUAA